CCUCCCCGCCGCUCUGUGCCUGCGCGGUGGGCUUACGCUGGGGUAUUUACGGUAAGGUGGACGCGGCGGCUGUGGCAGCUCCGUGUCAGGUGAUCUGAGCCGAGGAGCCGCCUGGAGUCGGAGAGGAAAAUGCAAGAUGGCCCGACGGGGCCGUGAGGGGCUCCCCGCCGCCCCCUCCCCGGCCGGACCCCGGCAGCGCAGGGCCAGCGGCGAGCGCUGAGGCCAGCCCCGCCGCGCUAGAGCCUGUCCCCGGGAGGGGCACCGAGCCAUGGGGCUCUGCUACAGUCUGCGCCCGCGGCUCUUUGGGGACCCCGGUGGAGGCGGCUCCAUCUCCAGCGCCGCCUCGGAGCCCGAGCAGCCCGCAGAGCACACGGCCCCCCCGCCGCAGCCGCUCGGAGCCCCGCGGGGAGGCAGCUGCUGCGGGCAGCCGGGGGCCGGGGGCUCGCUCCACCCUGCAGACAAGCCCGGGGGAGAGGCGGACGGGCCGCCGCCGCCGCUGCUGCAGCUGCAGAACGGAGGCGGCAACGGGGCGGCCCCGGAGCGGCAGCCGCUGCCCAAGCCCGGCGGCAAACAGCCCCGGCAGCCGCCUCAGGCGGCCGCGCUGCAGAGACCCUGGGAGAAGCUGCGCCUGGAGGAGCGGGAGGCGGAGAAGGAGGCGAGGAAAGUCAGCAAGAGCAUAGACCGGGCGCUGAAGGAGCAGAAGCGGGAGUACAAGCAAACGCACAGGCUGCUGCUGCUGGGAGCUGGUGAGUCAGGAAAAAGCACUAUUGUGAAACAAAUGAGGAUCCUGCAUGUCAAUGGAUUUAAUUCAGAAGAAAAGAAACAGAAAAUACUGGAUAUUCGGAAAAAUGUUAAAGAUGCGAUUGUGACUAUAGUUUCAGCAAUGGGCACUUUAAUACCCCCAGUUCCACUGGCCAAUCCGGAAAACCAGUUUCGAAUGGACUACAUCAAGAGUAUAGCUCCGCUUUCCGAUUUUGACUAUACACAGGAAUUCUUUGAACAUGCAAAAAAGCUCUGGGAUGAUGAAGGAGUAAAGGCAUGCUUCGAGAGGUCAAACGAAUACCAACUGAUUGACUGUGCACAGUACUUUCUGGAAAGAAUUGACAGCGUCAGUAUGGUUGACUAUACACCCACAGACCAGGAUCUAUUAAGAUGCAGAGUUUUGACAUCAGGGAUUUUUGAAACAAGAUUUCAAGUAGAUAAAGUAAAUUUUCACAUGUUUGAUGUAGGUGGCCAGAGAGACGAAAGAAGAAAAUGGAUCCAAUGUUUUAAUGAUGUCACUGCUAUAAUCUUUGUUGUGGCCUGUAGCAGCUACAACAUGGUAAUAAGGGAAGACAAUAACACAAACAGACUACGGGAAUCCCUGGAUCUCUUCAAAAGCAUCUGGAACAAUAGGUGGUUACGGACCAUUUCUAUCAUUUUGUUCUUGAACAAACAGGAUAUGCUAGCUGAAAAGGUCUUGGCAGGGAAAUCAAAAAUUGAAGAUUACUUUCCUGAAUAUGUGCGUUACACUGUACCUGAUGAUGCAACACCAGAUGCUGGAGAAGAUCCCAAAGUCACAAGAGCCAAGUUCUUUAUCCGGGAUGAGUUUUUAAGGAUAAGUACAGCAAGUGGAGAUGGCAGGCAUUACUGCUACCCACAUUUCACAUGUGCAGUGGACACAGAAAACAUCCGCAGAGUGUUCAAUGAUUGUCGAGACAUCAUUCAGAGAAUGCAUCUUCGCCAGUAUGAACUCUUGUGAUUGGGAUCACCGUGGAGCCUGUGGUUUUAAAUACUUAGCUCCUUACUCUCUUGCUCUCUCUCUAUACUAUGCCACACAGGGUGGAAGAAAGUACUACAGAAAUGUCAGUCUUUUCAGGUUGUUUACCUUAAUUAUUUAGCCUUUGAGCUGGUUUGCAGCAAGUUUGGGUUUCUUUUCCACCAUGCUUUUUGGGACUAUUUGUGUGCUUUAUUUUGAUAUGCCACUUCUUUGUCAUUCCACUAAGCCCUUUGGCUACCUCUGUUGCUUUAGAGGUGUGUUUUGUUUUUGGGGUUUUGUUUUUGCUAAUUGAACAUAACCUGCUAAAUUUUUUCCAGCAGGUUAUGUUAGUUCAAACUAGUAUGUCAGCUGGAUGACACUAAAGUCAUACCUAACCUUGUGUGGGUCCCUUUUUUAACAUGAUAUUAAGAGUACUUGAUGGUUGAUAAAAGAAUAAUGCACUUUGUAUCAGGUUAUUAAAUACUGUUGAGGAAGUAUACACACAAUGUAGCAGCACCACAAUAUUUAUUACUCUGUCACAGUUUUUAGCAUUACUGAGUUGCAGGUCAACUGAUAAAGUGACCUCCUCUUUUAAGCCGUUACUGGCACAGGAAGUAGAGUAGAUAAUGAGAGGCAUGGUGAAGAUAAGCAAUUUUUCUGGGGUUUUGGGGCUAAGUGCCUCUACACACCUCAGGCAUUUGAAUUAUAGCUACUUUUUCAGCCUGUUGCAUCUAGGCAGAAAAUGUACCACCCUCACUUAUGUUAUUUGUGCUGUCCACAAAUGAUCCGUUUAGUUUAGAUCAUUCUUGGACAACAGUCCUCUCCCUAUAUAUAUAUUUUUUUGUUUUACUGCUGGUUUAUUAUAUUGUACAGACUGUAAAAUGUAAUAUUAUUUUGUACAACUUUAUUGAAGAAAAAUACUUGUAGAAGAUCUUUGUGCCUUGAUUAUGGCUGUACCUGUAAAAUGAGCUAAGAUGUAAGUAUGUUUUUGAUUGCGCUGUACAGCUUGAUGUCAACCUUACCUGCAGCAGAGACUGAAGGUAAGAACUUUAUCUGUAGAGUUUAGGGAUUUUUUUCUGGUUUAUAUAAAAACAAUGCUCUUUAGUAUAAAAAAUAUAAAUUAUGCAAAUUAACCACUUACCUUUUCAAGUAAGGUAUUACAGUCACCGGAUGUUGCAGCAACAUGCCUUUCUCUUUUGAAAUCUCAGCUUUAAAACAUUGGAAUUCAUUCAAGUGUCCAAAUUGCAACCUGGUGUUGUUUUAAUGGGAAUCAAGGAUUUUUUUCCUUUAACUUUAGAAAUAUGUUUAGUAAUUCUUUGGUCAUUCAUAGUACGUCACAAUUGCACAGGCCGAUUGUGAAUGUGUAAAGCACCAUUAUAUAGAGCUCGUCAAUCUUUGUACCAACAGCAGCUUUCAUUGUGCAAGUAAAUAGCAAGAAGGGGGGUGGUGGGGAGAGGAGGUAUAAACCCUUGUGUCUGGCCUAAGAGAAUUACAAGAUGACAUUUUUAUUUCUCUUUUAAUAAAGAGACAUUAGAAAAUUGUUUUAUUUUAAA